AAAGGCCGCUGGCCAAUAGCAGACGCUCUGAAGUGAGCUCUCGGCCAAUGGCAGCGGCCGUGGGAGAGCGCGGGAGCCAUAGGAGAGAGCAGAGCCGACCAUGGCGCCGGAAACCUGAAGUCCGCUCGGGGUCCGGCCCGGCAUGGCCUGCUGCCACCGCGUCGCGCUGCUGCUGGACACGGCGGGCGGCCGGGACGCGGGCCGGCGGACGGCGCUGCGCCUGCUGGCCUACUUGAGCUGCCGGUUGGGCUUGGCGCGGCUGCGCUGGACCUUCGCCUUCUUCGACUCACAGGGCGCGCGGGGCCGGCCGGCGCGCGGGGCCGACUUCGGGGAGCUGAGCACCCGCUCGUGGGACUCCUUCGAGGCGGCCCUAGAGGCUCGGCUCUUCGGCCCCGGGGCGCCCCUGCCCGGCCCGGAGCCCCGCGCGGUGCACACGCACGAGGCGCUGCUCCAGGCGCUGCUCGAUCUGCAGUGGGACCGGCCCGAGAUCGCGUCCCCGGCCAAGCCCGCGCGCAGGCCGGGCGGCCGACGGCUGCUGGACGCCGAGGCGGAGGCUGGAGACCCCGCCGCCCACGCCGUCUUCCUGCUGGCGCCCUGUCCGCACUCGCAGCGCGAGCUACUGCGCUUCGUGGCCGGCAGCGAGGCCCGCGCCCGGGCGCCCACUCGGGAGCAGCUGAUGGACCGCUUGCUGCCCCGCAGGGUGCAGGAGGCGCUGGCGGCCCGCAAGAUCACCCUGUGCUGGGUGGACACCACCGAGUGGACCCAGUUGAAGGACUCCCCAGACCACCUGGGCUAUUGGUCAGUGUGUGAGCUGCUCCGCCAUGUCGGAGGCACCGUCUUGCCACCUGAAAUGUUUGGCCAGGAUUUUACUAAAACUGCGGGAUCCCUACUUCAAAGCGAGAACAAGCCAUUCGGGGAGCCUCACCUCUCUUCCUGGAUUCCAGCUCUACCCAGUGACUCUACUUUAACUCGCCUGCUCUAUCACUCUCCGCAGUAUGAGGCCUCGUUUCCUCGGAUGGAAGGAAUGUUAUUUCUCCCUGUGGAAGGCAAAGAAAGCCAAGAAGCGUGGGCAGUCAUCCUCGAACCCUUAGCCAUGCAGCAGAGACACUUUCCAAAACCUGUCCGGAUCUUUCUAAAAGGCACGGUGGCCCCCUGGGCACCGCCGACGAGCAGCACUCUGGUCACUGAGAGCUGGAUGCUGCACAGUCCCGACAGCAACAGGUCGGCGGACAGGCUGCUGUUCCAGCAGCUGGUGGGCAGGCUGACGGCAGAAGAGCUGCACCUGGUUGCCAGCGUGGACCCUGGGGAGGGCUGGCCUCCGCUCAGUGGAGUGAUCUCCCCGCUCUCCACCACGGCUACGAUUCUCACUGUGUUCUGCACAGAAGAGUCUGGAUCUCAGAGCCAUCUGCACCACACAGUUGUGGCCGAGGGCUCCCAGGAUGCAGCUUCUCUUUUCUCCAGUGUUUUGGAUGUUGUGCUGAGUCAGACUCACAGUCCGCUGGAAGAUUCUUCUCCCUCGGCGCCCCCAGUACCAGAGUGGGUUCAGCAGGAGCUGGGCCGCACAGCUCCCUGGAGCACGGCUGUCAUGGAGACCUGGUUUCCCUUCUCCAAUCUCAGCGGUGCCAGCUCAGAGUUGAUGGAGUCAUUCUGGUUACUUCAGGCUGCCCCAUCUCAAAAGGAGGAGUCUUCCGGAGCUGAGAGUGAGUUGACACAGGGCCUCUCCGAGUUCUACCAGAAAAAAUCUCGCGAGGAAUCCACGGUGUCCAAUCAGGAUGACAGCAGAAAGAAACGAGGCAUCCCCCGCACUCCUGUGAGGCAGAAGAUGAAGACCAUGUGCCGGUCCUUGAAGAUGCUCAAUGUGGCCAGGCUGAAUGUCAAGGCUCAGCAGCUCCAUCCCGAUGGCAGUCCCGACGCCUCUGGAGAGAAGGGCAUCCAAAGGCCAGUUGUGGGCAGGCCGGCAGACAGAGCAGAAGGCAGAAGGAGAACUCUGAGAAGUUCCAGGCCUAAAGAUUUCAAAACUGAGGAGGAACUGCUGUCCUACAUACGUGAAAGUUACCAAAAGACCGUGGUGAGCAGAGAAAGCGUGUUACAUUCAUGUGCUCAGAACAGUGUGUCCACCAUGAAAGCCUUCCUCAAGUCCAGAGGUGCCACGGACCUGGAGAUGAGCUGCAUCAAUCAGAUAAAAAAUAACCUCUUGAAAACUAGUGAAAAUCUUCGGCAGAAUCUAGGGAAAAAACUAGAUAAAGAAGACAAAGUCAGAGAGUGCCAGCUUCAGGUGUUCCUGCGUUUGGAGCUGUGUGUGCAGUGUCCUUCCAUACAAGAAAGCGUGGACGACCUGGAAUGUGUUGUGGAGGAGGUGGCAGCUCUGCUGCGCAUGGUGUGCUUGACCGAGGACUCUGCCUACGUGGCUAUGUUUCUGGAGGAAAUUCUGGGACUGUACAUUGACUCAGCUCCAAAGACACUCGGAAAGCUUUACGACAACCUUGGGUUUGUGAUUCCUCAGAAGCUGGCCACUGCCCUCCCUGUAGAUUUUUUCAGUGACGACUCCUUGACACAGGGGAACAAGUCGCCCCUUCUUUCUGGACCUCUUCCAUCAAGUGCUCACCCAUCGGUGCCAGGGAGCACUGAGUCAGACCAGCUGGAGGAACUGCGCACCAGGUCAGCUAAGAAGAGAAGGAAAAAUGCAUUGAUGAGACAUAAAAGCAUUGCAGAGGUUUCACAGAAUCUUCGACAAAUUGAAAUUCCCAAAGCAUCUAAGAGAGCUGCUAAGAGUGAGAGCUCCCGUCCUCCUCGUCAGCCUCCACUCCCAGUGAAAGAGUUGGUGCAAGAAGUGACCAAAGUUCGGAGAAACCUCUUCAACCAGGAAAUGAUUUCUCCUUCAAAAAGAUCAUCAAAGCGGGGGUUGCCAAGAAGCCAUUCUGUGUCAACUGUGGAAGGUUUAGACCAAAACCUUGACAACUUUAGGAAAGCCAAAGGUUAUCACAGACUGCUGACCAAGAGUGUGGCUGAGACUCCGGUCCACAAGCAGAUAUCCAGAAGGCUGCUUCACAGACAGAUCCAGGGCAGAUCCUCAGAUCCAGGGCCCGAGAUUGAUGUUGUUGAAGAGUCCCCAGAAAAAGGAGACAAUGAAAGAAUUUUGAGGCGAAGUCCUAGAAUCAAGCAGUUGUCAUUCAUGAGGACACAUUCUGCUUCUUUCUAUUCCACGGCUCAGCCCAAGUCUCGAAGCGUGCAAAGAGUUCAUUCGUUCCAGCAAGACAAGUCAGACCAAAGAGAAAAUUCUCCAUUGCGAAGUAUUCGGUCUCCCAAGAGGCUUCUUUUUGGGGCAGUGACUGAGAUGUCCAUCCCCUCAGAGAAGGCUUUAGCCCGAAUUCAAAGGCCUUCAGGAAACACACCAGGGUCUGAGAUGUCUUCAGCUUAUCAGACUCCUAUAAAGAGUUCCCUGAAAUCUCCAAACUCCUCUAAGGCCACAUCGAGAAGGCUCCCUCCCACACCCCAGGCCCCACAGUGCACCCCCAAGAGGCUGCAGAGGCCCCCUGCAGAAACCACACCGGCCAAACGGACCCUUUAUAAGGGGGCCUUGAGAGAGCGCUCCAGUAGCGGUGCUUCUCCAGGUCAACCAGAAGCUGCUCUGCAGAAAGGACACUCCCUGGUGGCAGCGGAAGGUGCCUCUCCUCAGGAAAGCAGGGUGCCAAAGGUGCCCCCAAAGCCCUGCGCCCAGCCGCCUGGAUUUUCGCACUAUUCCACCUGGCCGCCGUCAGCCAUCUCCAGCCCAGAAGGCUUCUGUCUGGCAGCUCCCAUCCCAGAGCAGGAGUGUCUGACCCCCUUGGGGGAUCUAGGAGAAACUGCUUUUCCGGGGACACCUCCGAGCCAGAAACAACAGCAGGCCUGCUCUCCUAGGGUCCAUCCAGCAGAGGGGCCAGCCCUGAAGUGGGAGGAUGGAGUUGCCAAGGCCCCAUCGACACCAGGAAACACCUCGUCACUGCCUGAGAGGCCUUGGCCAGAUUCUCCUCCCCCUGGGCAGCUGGGCCAGAACGAGACCUGUGCUGCCCCCUCAACUCCCCUUCGAGUUUCACGGGGACUGAAGCCAGAUUUCAGCCCUCCUCCUCCCCCUUCCAAAACUGGGAAAAGGCAGAGAAAGACCUCUAAUCCUGGAAGGGGCUCCCCAGAGUGUCAGCCAGACAUCUCUCCUGCUCUCACAGGCUCAGGGAAGCCCCAGGAGGAAGCGCACCCCUCCCCUGCGUCCCCUGAAAGGCACAGUUUCCCCGACGCUGGCUUCUGGAGCAGAUGGUGUGGGUCCUCUCCGCUGCUUAUCACCAGUUACACGGAGCCCCUCACGCUGCUGGAGGAGGCCGAGUGCCAUGAUCCUGGCACGCUGCAGAGGGACGUCUUGCUCGGGGUGGAGGGCGAGGGGUCCGAGACAGCGCUUGCUGAUGUGAAGCCUUCUGUGUCAGACACCGAGGUUCCUCCAUCUCCCCCUGGCUCCCUCCUGAGACCUUCCUUGGUCCUGCAGUGCUCUGUAGAAAACAGGCAGCAACAGGCCACUUCUGCCCCUCUUCUGGAAGGUUCUGCAAACCCCCAGACCUAUGAGGUGGAACUGGGGAUGCAAAUCUCAGGCCUUCCAAAGCUUUGGAUCAAGAAGAGAAAGCCCAGCUCAGACUCACAGUCGGAAGGCGAGGCCCCAAGCAGGGAGGAGGGCUCCAUGGAUGAGGGCGGCUCUCUCUCCAGCCUGGGGGUCCCCAAGGGCAGUAAGUCCUGCAGACCCGAGGCCACUUACCUGUCACCUCCCUGCCUUCUCCCUGCGCACAGUACCCCAGGCAAGAGUGGGGGACAGACCUACAUCUGCCAGUCCUGCACCCCCACCCACUGCCCCUCCGGCACCUCCUCUCCAUUCCAGACAGAUGUGGGGGUUCCAUGGACACCCUCACCCAAGCACAACGGAAAGAGCACUCCUGAGUCCAUCAGGGACUGGCCCCGCAGGAAGCGGGCAGUGGACUGUGGCCCUGCUGCUGGGAGAGGAGACCCAGGCGCAGAGCCCCCUGAGGGUGACCCUGAGUCCGGCAUCCAUAGGACUUCCAUCCUGGGGGACUUAGAGCUGGAGGGGGUGUGCCAGCUGCCCGAGCAGUCACCCCCCUGGGAGAGUGUGCCACAGGCUGAGGAAGCCACCUCCUGGGGGCAGUUUGGGUUGGGCUGCAGGAAGAGACAGUCCUCUGCUGUGGAGGAAGCAGAGUCACAGGCCAAACGAAUCUGUCACCCACCGGGCGAAGACGUCGACAUGAGAGAGAAUGAGGAGCAGUCUCCCCGGGGCCGCGGGUGGCCGCUCCUCGCGGGGGACGAUGACGUGUUUGCACCAGGUACCACCCCACCCUCCAGUGGCACGGUGCGAAGCUGCCUCUCUGCCAGCGGCCUCCAGGCCCUCACCCAGUCCCCGCUGUUGUUCCAGGGCAGAACACCCUCCUCACGGGCUGCGGACACCAGAGAUGAGGAUGUGGAUGCCUUUCCCCCCUCAGCAGAAGAGUCUCCGUUCAGCCGGGCCUUCUCCAGGAAACACCCGAUCAACAGGACUUACACACGCAAGAAGCUGAUUAGCUAAGGAGGUGGGAGCCCAGCUGGACGGUUUAAGCCACAAACACUACCAGAUGCGUUCAGAGCCACAUCGCAGGAUGGAUGGCAAAGGUGUGCUGAGUGGUCCACACACAGUCCACCAGGGAGCCCGACAGGAGUCCCCGGAACCUCAUCUGAGCCGGGUUCACUGUCUGCAGGGAGUCUGGGCUUAAUGGAACUGAGAAAGCACUGAUGGAGAAUGUGAAGUCAGCCAGGCUCCCCCAUGGACAUAAAAGGGGGCCUAGCAGCAAGCCCAUGUACCUUGUCAGCUUUCAGAUUCCUGCUAGACUGCCCUGGGGUUUUCAGAUCUGGCCCCCAGACCCUGUGCCGCAUACCAUACCUGCCCCUGGUCGGGGAGGUGGAGUAGCAGGUGUGUGACUUGGGCAGCAUGGGCGACAGGAAUUAGGAGAUAGUGACACCUCAUAGACCCCCGCCCCCAGAUGCUGCAGUGCUGGGAUCCCAGGGCAAAGAAGUGCCAUGUAAACUGAAGCUGUGUAAGACUGCAUCAGUGACAGGAUGAGUUUUUAUGUUGUCUGUGUAACAAUAAAGUCCUCUGCCAACUGGCAUCCAGUGCAA